AUGUACAUCAAGACGAUCCUUCUGGUUCUAGGCUUUUUUGCGUUGCAAAGUCAAUUUGCGACGGCUUUGUAAGUUUUUAAAACGUUUUUCAGGUCCUUGAUUCAACUCAAUUUUCAUUUUCCAGGUACCUCAAGCGAGCAGAAUUCGAUGAUCCAAGGUAGGUUACCCUCAUUUUCCCCAAGUCUGAACGGAAAUAAUAGAAGUUUACUUUCAGAUUGUUCACAUCUUCGUUUGGCAAACGUUCCGGUGGUGUCGCUGAGCGUGAGCAGGAAACGAUGCCGAUGCCGAUGCCGAUUGGACAAAAAUAUUAUGCGAUUCAGAUUCAGCGACGUGAAGAUUUGGAUGACCCCCGGUACAAACUACAAACUUACAAUAACAACAACAUCCAACUCUUUCAGAUUCUUGACAAUGUCCUUUGGAAAACGAUCGCUGCUCCCGUCGCUCGCCGACUUGCACAGGUAUACAAUGUACGACAAACGCGGAUUGGAUAUUGAUGACCCAAGAUUUUUCUCCGGUGCUUUUGGCAAGAAAUGA